CGCAGUCUCUGGUCAUCUCCUGUACCGUGUCCGCAGUCUCUGGUCAUCUCCUGUACCGUGUCCGCAGUCUCUGGUCAUCUCCUGUACCGUGUCCGCAGUCUCUGGUCAUCUCCUGUACCGUGUCCGCAGUCUCUGGUCAUCUCCUGUACCGUGUCCGCAGUCUCUGGUCAUCUCCUGUACCGUGUCCGCAGUCUCUGGUCAUCUCCUGUACCUAUGUCCACAGUCUCUGGUCAUCUCCUGUACUGUGUCCACAGUCUCUGGUCAUCUCCUGUACUGUGUCCGCAGUCUCUGGUCAUCUCCUGCAGUACAUCCACAAUCUCUGGUCAUCUCCUGUACUAUGUCCGCAGUCUCUGGUCAUCUCCUGUACUGUGUCUGCAGUCUCUGGUCAUCUCCUGCAGUACAUCCACA